AUGAAUGCAUGUAGGGUUGAUAUUUAUCACUACGUUCAAGAAUGUGGUGAACAACCGGAAAAAAAACAUCGAGAAUCAGAUCCAGUUAGGUAUUGUGGCGCUUCACAUUUUUAUCUUGAAUGUGUUCAUGACAAAUAUCGUGGUUGUGAAAAUAAAGAAAAAUAUGAAAUGGUAGCGGAAUCGAUGUUGAAAGAUUUUCCAAAACGUGUUGACGAUCUAGUAGCUUUUUGUAGUGAUAAAAUCGAAAAUUAUAAAAUUAAUAUUGUUUGUGAAUCAUCAAAACAAGCUGAAACAGCUGAUUCUAUUCGUAAUGGUAGUUCUCAUUCGCCUAGUGGAUCAUUAAAAUAUGGUACUAUUAGUUCAUCAUCUGCACAAUUACUUGUUACAAAUGAUCUAUGUCAAGUAAAAACAAUCAGGAAUUUAUGUGGGCUAUCAAUGAUGAAUGAUAAAUUGAAUCUAUCAUGGAAUAAGGCACGUAAACAUGAUUCGUGUCAACAAGCAAUAACUUAUCUUCGUUGCUUAACACUUCGUGAAAAUAAAUGUCCUCAACAAAAUAUACAAAAUGAAUUUAUAAAACUUAUAAAAAAUAUUGAAUUAGAUAUAAUUUAUAACUGUCCAAUUUUUGGUGGAUGUCCAUCAGGAUUUCCAGAUAUUGACUCAUUCGCCACGAUAGGACUCACUAGUGGGUUCAUUUUGAAGGUGUGGAUGUGGUUGUGGGUGUGGAUGAGAUGA